GCCGCCUGCCCCCGCGCCGCGCGCUCGGCGCCCCCCGGAGCCGCCCGCGUCGCGCCCGGCCCCCGGCUGCGCUAGGCCCCCGGAGCGCGGAGCCCGGCGCGGCAUGUAGCUGCGGGCCCGAGCCCGCGUGCGGGUGUCGGCCGGGCGCCCCGCCAUGGCGGGGAGGGACCGCGGGGACCUGAAGACCGUGCGGCUGUGGCGGGACGCCGCCCUGCGCGCCAGGAAGCUGCGGGGCAACCUGCGCCAGCUGACGCUCAGCGCGGCCGGGGGCUGCCCGGGCUCCCCCGACGCCGCGCCCCGGCUGGUGCUGCCCGCCAACCUCGGGGACGUGGAGGUGCUCAACCUGGGCAACAACGGCCUGGAAGAGGUGCCCGAGGGGCUGGGGUCGGCGCUGGGCAGCCUGCGCGUCCUGGUCCUGCGCCGCAACCGCUUCGGCCGGCUGCCCCCGCCCGUGGCCGAGCUGGGCCACCACCUCACCGAGCUGGACGUGAGCCACAAUCGGCUGAAGGCCCUGGGCGCCGAGGUGGUGAGCGCCCUGCGCGAGCUGCGCAAGCUCAACCUCAGCCACAACCAGCUGCCCGGCCUGCCCUCGCAGCUGGGCGCCCUGGCCCACCUGGAGGAGCUGGACGUCAGCUUCAACCGCCUGGCGCACCUGCCCGACUCGCUGGCCGGCCUCUCCCGGCUGCGCACCCUCGACGUGGACCACAACCAGCUGACGGCUUUCCCCCGGCAGCUGCUGCGGCUCGCCGCCCUGGAGGAGCUGGACGUGUCCAGUAACCGGCUGCGGGGCCUACCUGAGGAUAUCAGUGCCCUGAGUGCCCUCAAGAUCCUCUGGCUCAGUGGGGCUGAGCUUGGCACCCUGCCCAGCGGCUUCUGCGAGCUGGCCAGCCUGGAGAGCCUCAUGCUGGACAACAACGGGCUGCAGGCCCUACCCGCGCAGUUCAGCCGUCUGCAGCGGCUCAAGAUGCUCAACCUGUCCUCCAACCUUUUCGAGGAGUUCCCCGAGGCCCUGCUGCCGCUGGCCGGCCUGGAGGAGCUCUACCUGAGCCGCAACCAGCUCACCUCCGUGCCGUCCCUCAUCUCGGGGCUGGGUCGCCUGCUCACCCUGUGGCUGGAUAAUAACCGCAUCCGCUACCUGCCGGACUCCAUCGUGGAGCUGACGGGCCUGGAGGAGCUGGUGCUGCAGGGGAAUCAGAUCGCCGUGCUGCCAGACAACUUUGGCCAGCUCUCGCGCGUGGGCCUGUGGAAGAUCAAGGACAAUCCGCUGAUCCAGCCCCCCUACGAGGUCUGUAUGAAGGGGAUCCCCUACAUCGCCGCCUACCAGAAGGAGCUGGCUCAUUCACAGCCCGCGGUGCAGCCGCGGCUCAAGCUGCUUCUGAUGGGCCACAAGGCUGCCGGGAAGACUUUGCUCCGGCACUGUCUCACGGAGGAGCGGGUGGAGAGGAACCCUGGAGUUGAGGACAAGGACAAGAGCUACCCGGCUUCCCUGACCACCGCCAGCAAAGGCAUCGAGGUGACCAGCUGGACUGCCGAUGCUUCCCGGGGCCUGCGCUUCAUCGUGUAUGACUUGGCUGGCGAUGAGAGUUACGAGGUCAUCCAGCCCUUCUUCCUCUCCCCCGGGGCCCUUUAUGUCCUGGUGGUGAACUUGGCCACCUAUGAACCCCGGCGCUUUCCCACCACCGUGGGGUCUUUCUUACAUCGGGUGGGGGCCCGUGUGCCGCACGCUGUGGUGUGCAUUGUGGGCACACACGCGGACCUCUGCGGGGAGCGGGAGCUGGAGGAGAAGUGCUUGGACAUUCACCGCCAGAUCGCCCUGCAGGAGAAGCACGACGCCGAGGGGCUGAGCCGGCUGGCCCAGGUGGUGGACGAGGCUCUGGCUCGGGACUUCGAGCUGCGCUCCGCCAGUCCCCACGCCGCCUACUACGGCGUUUCCGACAAGAACCUGCGGAGGCGCAAGGCCCACUUCCAGUACCUGCUCAACCACCGGCUGCAGAUCCUCUCCCCCGUGCUGCCGGUCAGCUGCAGGGACCCCCGUCAGUUGCAGCGCCUCCGCGACAAGUUGCUCUCGGUGGCCGAGCACCGCGAGAUCUUCCCCAACCUACACCGGGUGCUGCCUCGCUCCUGGCAGGUGCUGGAGGAACUGCACUUCCAGCCCCCCCAGGCGCAGCGGCUGUGGCUGAGCUGGUGGGACUCGGCGCGCCUGGGCCUGCAGGCGGGUCUGACGGAGGACCGCUUGCAGAGCGCGCUGUCCUACCUCCACGAGAGCGGCAAGCUGCUCUACUUUGAGGACAGCCCCGCCCUCAAGGAGCACGUCUUCCAUAACCUCUCCCGCCUCAUUGACAUCCUCAAUGUCUUCUUCCAGAGGGAUGCUUCCUUGCUGCUGCACAAGCUGCUCCUGGGGGCCAGCGGCGAGGGCGAGGGUGAGGGCGAGAACUUCCCGCCACUGCCACUGCCUGCCCCCAGCCAGGACCUGCUCCGCACCACCCAGCUCCAUCACUACGUGGAAGGCUUUCUGCUUCAUGGGCUCUUGCCAGCCCACGUCAUCCGAAUGCUGCUUAAGCCUCACGUCCAGGCCCAGCAGGACCUGCAGCUGCUGCUGGAGCUGCUGGAGAAGAUGGGACUGUGUUACUGCCUCAAUAAACCCAAGGGCAAGCCUUUGAAUGGCUCCACGGCCUGGUACAAGUUCCCCUGCUAUGUCCAGAAUGAGGUGCCCCAUGCGGAGGCCUGGAUUAACGGGACCAAUCUUGCUGGGCAGUCUUUUGUGGCUGAGCAGUUACAGAUCGAAUAUAGUUUUCCCUUUACGUUUCCUCCUGGGUUGUUUGCACGCUACAGCGUCCAGAUCAACAGCCACGUGGUGCACAGGUCAGACGGUAAACUUCAGAUCUUUGCCUACCGCGGCAAAGUUCCAGUGGUGGUGAGCUACAGACCUGCCAAGGGGGUUCUGCAGCCAGACACUCUGUCCAUUGCCAGCCAUGCCUCGUUACCAAAUAUAUGGACAGCGUGGCAAGCCAUCACCCCGCUGGUGGAGGAACUGAAUGUGCUGCUUCAGGAGUGGCCUGGACUGCACUAUACUGUGCAUAUUCUCUGUUCUAAGUGCCUUAAGAGAGGGUCGCCCAAUCCACACGCUUUCCCAGGAAGAACGUGGGUGAAAAGCACAGGAACCAGUGACUGGCGCACAGGGCCAUCUCCACGGAGAAGAGAGAGCCACCUGAACCGCUCUGCGUGGCACUGCCCCCUCCACACGCCCCAGCAUGAUCUGCAGCUGGCAGGGACCCAGAGGGAAGAAGCAUUCAUUUUUUCAGUGCUGUUCGUGGAGGGAGCACAGAGCGGGCUGGGGGGUGGGGAAUGAGGCGGGCAGGCAGGACUUGGGGCAAGAAGAUGGAGCAAAUGUUUCACAACCUGAACCUCAGAACUGUGAUCCUCCAAGGAGAGCGCUACUUGAAGACAAGAAAAACACAAGUCGAACGGCUUCUCAGGGAUUUUGUUUUCUGUGCACAUAUAGCCAUAGCUCCAGUCCAGGCGGCAGUACUGAGCACUCAGAUUUCAGUUCUGUUCAAUGUGAAAGAGGGAUUGACUGACCGUCCAUCGCUGUUCCGUCAUGAGUGUAAAAUAUGUAUAUGUUUAUCUUUAUUUUUAUAAUAUGCAAAUACAUUUAAAUUUAUACCGUUGGAAGCUUCUAGCAUUAGUGAACACUGGGUGCAAUAUUCUGCAUGAGAACUGUGCCAAGGUGGGGCCGAUUUCUUGUUUUAGCAGAAGACCUGUUGGUUCUUUCUUCUUUGAUUCUUUUCAGAUGAAAACAAAAACAAAAAAGGCUCUCCUUCCAGUGCGCUCUCAGCCAGUGGAUUAAGUGUUGGUUCAGAGGUUGCUAAUAAAAAUUAACUUGCUCUCUAGUUCAGUGCUGAAGGCACUUGCCUGGCUUGUGGCUGGCUGCAGCACCACAUCCGGUCCCUCAGGCUCUGCUAGUUUGAUCUCUGAGCACAGAACCAGGAGUAAGCCCUGAAUACCACUAGGUGUGGCCCCCAAGCCAAAGCAAACCUGCAUUUUGGGCACCGUCCCCCUGCUUGUGGAUACCAGUCCCUACCUGCGAGAUUGGGGGUCAGGGGCAGGGCAGGACACAGAUGGCCACUGCUGGCCAUAAUGUUCUGCCUCCAGCAUUACACAGACUGUGGGGUGUCAGGGGGACACACGGGUGCAGAGCCUGAGCUGGGAUUCUCCCCAGGAGGGGCACAGUGAGGACUUGAAUCCUUGAAGCAAUCAAGUCUCGGUAGCUGAGAACAUGCAGGGUCAGGCCGAGGUGCCCAGGAUCCACCAGAAAGGCCUUUUACUUUGCCCAGAAAUGCCCGUGAAAUACAGCAAAGCACUUUGAAGGCUCCGUACACCGGCCCGUCAGAAGCUAAGGGAUCGAGUAGCCUCCUUGGAGAGCACGGGUCAUUUAUAAUGCCAACCCUCCGAUGGGGCUGUCCCCUGCCAACGCCAGUCAAGCCCCGGCUUUAGCUUCUCCGUGAAGUGAAACCUCUCCGGUCUCCUCUUAAUUGGGGCCAAACAGCAGUACGUGCUGCAGUAGUAACACAUUCUCCAGAGAGUGGCAGGCCCUGUUUACACCUGCCUUCUCCAUGAGCAUGGAUGGAAAAUGUCUAAAGCUGUUCCCCACCCAUGUAACAAGGACUUUGAGUCAGCUGGUGUUAUUCUCAUUCGUCUCUUGCAAAGUAUUAACUCUUGCAAUGCCACAGGGACAGAGUUGCAACCUGUUCCGUAAGAAAAGGCCAACCAGGAGGGUUUGGAGAGAUAGUCAUGGAGGUUUGGGCACUUGCCUUGUACUCGGCAGAUUCCAGUUCAGUCUCUGGCACCGCAUAGGGUUCCCCUGAGCUUUUCCAGAAGUGAUCCCUGAGCACAGAGCCAGGAGUAAGCUCUGAGUACUGCUGGAUGUGAUUCCCCUAACAACCACCCACCCCCCUCCAAUAAAAGAAAGAUCCAACCAGCUUAUUGCAAAAACUCACAGAGAGUUUUGGGGAGAGUGUGCCCUGGAAAUCCCCUCACCAGGCCCCCCAGAACCUCCACUGAAACAAGUUUCAUUUCUCUUCUCCUAAAUUCACAAGGGAAGAGAUGAGUUUUGCCUUUUGGGGUACUUGGCUAUGGCACCUCAACUUCGAGAUUUCAUUUCCUUAAGAGCACGUUCACAGGAUAGAAUCUGGUCCCUUUUGUCACAGUUCUCAUGGGUGUGCGUGCGUGUGCAUGCGUGUGUGUACGUAUAAAUAGAAUGGUAACAUUUGAUUACGUUAUGGACCACUGAAUUGUUGGGCAUAAAUGUGUUUCAAUUGGCAUAAAACAGUUCCUAAACUCUCCACUGACUUGGCCCCAUCAUUUGUAAAGACCCAGCCCGGCCAAGUAUCACUUCAGGCAUAGGGGACCCUAUUCAAUGAGAGCAAAAAUGCUCUUUGGGGUGAAAUGCCUGCAGAACUUUGCCCUUACUAUGGAUAGACAUGCCCAUGUUCUUGAUAUCUACUCUUUUGUUUUGACAAGUGACAUUUUGUGCUGUCAUCUGAACCCGAGAGAAGCAGCAGAAGAACUGGUGGUGUGGCACAUGCUUUAGCAGAAAGGUUGUUGAAGCAGAGGGUUCUGGGACCCAGCAAGCUCCAGAAAAGCCUCAGAAUUUGCUUCCUGUGGGAGGAGGGGGGGUGCAUUGGAGACGCAGAAAGCACCCUGCUCUGGAGGAAUUCUGCCCUGGAUGCAGGAAAUGCCAUUUUUCUCUUUGAAUACCCGAGAAGACACAGCCCGCUGAGGCUAGCAAGCGAUUCACUAAGCACAAAAGGAGUCUUUUCCAAUCAAAUAGUCCCUUGCCUCACAAACAAAUGCCCUCCAAGUUUGUUAUGGUUUCUAUACUUGCAGCUUAUCAAAACCACUUCCGGAAUGGUCCAAGUGCAGCCAGAAUGAACGUUUUUCCCCUUCUAUGAAAAAAAAAAUGACAGUGCUCAUAUUUGACAUGGUGUCUUGGACUCUUGAAUGAAUAAAAAGGAAAGGGUUUGGUGUGCAUCCUGAUGGGGUAUGUGUUAUUUUCCAUGCCACUGUUUGUGAAUUGUAAUUGUGGUUUCCCAUUUAACUGUCAGAACCAGGCAGAAUUUUUUUUAAAGGAAAUUCAAAAAUUGAAUAAAAAUACAAAGAAGUGUUAAGCAGCU